UUACGUCAUCUUACAUCGCAACUUGAGUGCGCUCAAGAAGCAAUUAGCGAGUGUCAAGCUAGUAUAGUAGAGUUGGAGAAAACUGGUCAAUUUGGUGCUUUCGGCUCAGUUUCUGGGCAUGUUGGGACUGGAUCCUGUCGACCAGCCUUAGGUUCAGGUGUUUCUGGAAGUCUUGCUACCUGCAACAUGACAGAGGCUCGCUAUUUACUCGAUCGGCUUUUCGAGAUGGUUGUGGAACGAGACUUAACGGCUAAGCGAUGCCAGUCAGCGGUUGCACAGUUACGUGCCGAUUUCGCGAUAAGUCACUCAGAACGUAACCAGGAACUCGACAUGCUCCGCCUUGCCCUUCAACAUGCUGGUGUGCCCCUAGAUAAUCUAGAAUCAUUACUCUGUGUGGCGGAACCUGCGAGAGAAUCAAACAACUCUAGGAGGCAUAGACGGAUGGCGACAUCUGCAAUUGGUGAACAACAGGAUGCUGAUGGCUUUAUGGAACAUUAUGAAACAGCAGAUCUUUCUGAUCCCUCGAAUUCCCAAUCUGCCAGCUCAGAAUAUUCGGAUUCUCAUUCAGACCCUGAGACGAAUAUAGAUCCAUCUAAAAUUUGCAGUAACAUUACUCCUACUUCUUUGCAAGUAGCACCUGACGAAACAACUUUGGACCUCGAGAACCAGACACUGGUCGAAUCAAUUCGUGGUAAUUAUUUUGCCCUCUAUACACACACACAAGUCGCUGAAUAUUAA